AUGUCUGCUGGCGACACUAUGCAAAUUAAACCCAAGCCUGGCGUUCUUCACCACAGCAGAUCAGAACCUGGGGAGAAAAGACAGAUGUUUGAUACACCGGAGGACAGAUGCAUUUCUCAGAGAUUUCCUAGUGCAAGAACUCCAACUUUGUCCAUCACAGCUUCAUCUGGAAGAAGUCCCACAUACCAUGAAAUGACCGCCAACAAUGUCGUAAUACUUGAGCCAGAUUCGUACCCCACCAGCCCACGGAGCCAAAGAAAAGGUGGGAUGCUUUCUCCAGGGACGAGCAGUUUCCAAGUAUGGCCAUCCGACAUGAAUAAUGUCAUUAUCCUGGAGACAUCGAAUCUCAUCAUCCGAAGUGCCUCAGAAUUCUGCCUGAGCACUGUAUGUCAAGAGACACAAGAGAGCACCUUUCAGAACAAUCCCUUUUUCAAACUGCGCUCCCAAAGCACCCAGUCUCUGGUGCAUCAGGAGAUCAAGUUGGUGAGGCAAAGAGAAGAGGAGCUUAGAAGGCAGAGAGCACAACUAUAUGUAAAGGAGAGAUAUGACACCGUCCUCGUGUCCCCCAGCCAACUGCAGAAUUUCACUUAUGAGAAACCAGGAGAGGUGCCAGCAAAAUCUAAGUCAUCCCCCUCAUCUCCAUCAAAGACGUGCAAAAUGGAUCGCUCCACUAUGUCCUGCGACCACAAGUUCUCUGAGGCACCUUACCCUCGAGUCAGACGGAAAAGUGCCCUGGCCCAGAGGUGGGAAGCAGGUAUCUUUGCCAAUCAUCAGCAACAAGACUGAGUGAUUUGCCUAAACGAAGCAUCAAGCACAAAUCAAGGUUCCAUUACCGUAUAAGCAUGUGCAAAUAAUUUUAGAGUAAAACAUUAAUUACUAGUACAAACCUGGAAGUUAAUAGGUGAGUCAAAAUAUUAACAACUGAUCUCAUACCUUUUUACAUCUUUUGGAUGCUAGUAUUUUCACUCUGAAUUUUAUCCUGGAUAUACUUUUAUAUUAUUGCAGUUAAAGAAUUUAUACCGUAAUGUAUUCCUAAAUUGCACUAUGUACAAC